AUGGCCAUACUCGGUGGCCGCACAACGGUCCAUUGCUUCCCACCGGAUCAGGACAUUCAGAAGAUGACGGGUCGCAAGAUGCCCUUCCCGAUCCGAGCAGAAGCCAAAAGCGUAUUGGUCAGCCACCACGGAAUCGGUCAGGAUUUGCCGGACAUGGCGGGAUUCGUGAAGACAUUAUGCCACAUGGUUCAGAACGCUGUAACCAACACUGGUGUGGAUCCAGUGUAUCUCUCAACGGGUGGAAUCGUAGCUGUGGUUCCAUACACGUGCAAGCUACGCACUAACAUGGAUGACAAUUUAUUGACCCAAGUUUUCAAUCUCAACCUUGUAUUUUCCCUGGAGAUCUUCCUUCCAAAUCAUACGGCUCAAGACACGGCCUUGAAGUCAUUAGAGCGUUCCAUUACAGCUGGCGAUCAUGGAUCACUCUUCGAUCGUGAUGGUGCAAACUGGCGCAGUUAUAAAACAUUACCCGAACGUUCGGUUCCUCUAAAGUCCGUGACAGGCUAUAAGUAUCGAGAUGAGUGGGUGGGACAGCUCCUGUCAAAGGCCGACCAAAAUGACUAUUACUGCACUUUGGAAAGGCUGUGGGAAUCUGCAACUCCGUCCAUGAUAGAAAGGGCUGCAGGGUUCAAUGGAGCUGCCGUGUGUAUAAACCCGGCAGGUAUUGAGACCGCCGACCACUAUAUCUUACCAUUUCUGGGCUACUACUACGAGGAGAUGACAUUGACACUUAACAAACUGGUGGCAGAAGGUACAGGCAUCUAUAUAUGUAAUAACGGACGGUGGGAGCAGUACUCUGUAGGUUUCUGGACAAGAUUGAAAAAACGAUUUUGGAGACCUACCAGCACUGUUGAUACAGCAUGGAAUGAUUGCCGAGAGUCUCAGAGGAACACACAGUACAGAAAAUCUGCCCUUGGAAAACAACUCCCAUCCCCGCUUAAAAUAACUUGGAGUCAGGAAACACUAUGA